AUGGUGACACUAGGAAAAAGAACCAAAAUUAGCAAAGGGAUGGUGUCACUAAGGAGAAGGCGGCCGUUCCAGCUCAUGGUGCUGAGGCGGCUCCGGGAGCUCAAGAAGAUUGUGCCGGUGGGUGCUCGCCGCAAGGCUGACGUAGAUGUGGUUCUCCGGCAAACUGCUGAGUACAUCUGCGCGCUAGAGCUGAAGGUGGCCAUCCUCCGGAGGCUCUCUGACAUCUACGAUACAGGAUCAUUUGGAUGGGAACAUCUGUCGUAUUAUGAAUAA